AAUAAAUCGUAAUUUUUGAUUUUGAACCAGCUAUGUCAAGAAAUAUUAUAACAAUAACGAAAUGGGUUCCGUUACAAACUGAAGAAAGCAAAAAUGUAUUUUUGAAAUGUAAUCACUUGAGGACCGCGGCUCAAGAUUUAUUGCAAUCGCUAGGGACGUUUCUUAGCGAGUUUCAGCAAAAGAACGGAUGGAAAUCGUACCAGACGCUAUCAAAUAAUGAACUGAUCAUUGAGAACCUGGAAGCAAUAACCGAUACCGCUCAUGAGCUGAAGAAAAGCUUCUUCAAUGCCUUCAGAGAACUCGGGCAAAAUCGACAAAUGGCAAUAAAAAAGGUAAAGUCGAAGAUGUGGCAGACUGACCUGUGGAAAAUCAAAUUAAAGCUCUCCUACUUCCUUCAGCAUCUCAUCUCUGAAAUUGCGUUUCUGUACGUUCAUUACGGAGAGAGAAUGUUGACCAUAUCGUUUAAACUGUCAGACAGUUACAAUCAAUACUUGGGGAUGGAUGCAAAAUUUGCGUUGACUUCCAACUUUACGAUUUGCAGCAACAUGUGCCCAUAUCUGAUGUAUCCGUUGAGGAAGAUUUCAUUCACUAGACUCCUGCAGAUCUUGGCGCAAAAUCGUGCCGAACUCUGCUGUCACAAGUUAAUCGACUGUUUGUUAGACACGUAUAAAUUGCACGAGAGUCACGAGGACGAUGUCGGAUCUGAUAACUCCAGUAUCGAAAUUUACAGGGCGAUAACAAAACACCUGUCUCCGCCUCUAAACGACGUUACCAACCCCGAAACAGUAAAGGAGACCCAAUGCACCCAGAUGGAUAACUUCGCAAACAUGGAGGAGUUAAUUAAAUACGAAGAACAGAACGUUCUGGAUCUGCUCGAUGCCGCAGUUCGAGUGGUUCCUUCGAUGCUGGGAGAUGACACCAUAAGAAAAUCGAAAUCUUCCGGAGAGUCCAAGAUUAAUACCAAAGCGAAGGAGAAAGUGCUGGACUAUUACCAGCAAAUCCUCUGGGGGGAGGUGGGUAAUUUUUUGGAUCACAUCAUCUUGUGGUGGAGUGCCCUGCCGUUAGCUACUCGCCCCCCGCACUCGACGCAGCAUCUCCGCGACUGGAUCACCCAGUUCUUACCGACGAUCGAAAUUCCACACUGCAUACUGUCGGCGAUUAUUAGUCUCGCGGAUUCGUUGGGGAUGCACAUCACCUCGACCUCUUGGGAUCAACAUUUUCGGGUCGCUUUGGUUGCCUCGCGCAAGCCCUUUCAUCACGCGACAGGGCGUACGUUCAACGAUUUGCUGCAGAAUCUCGUUCUGCUCUGUAAUCAGUGCGAGACGACGAGCGAUUGGAUUCUCGGCGCCCCUCUUGAGGAGUUACCAGUAGUCGAGCAGAUACCAAUAUUGCACCGAUUAGAUCACUCGAUUCAUACGACACGCCUCUGGGCAAUAAACGAGACGAAACGCCUCGCUAACCAUUGGGAGGUCGACAAAUUUUUCACAAUAACUCACUGCGACAUUGUAAACUACCUGGCCCAGCUCAGCAUUCUCAAACUAAAUGAUCAUACGGCAGACAUAGAGAGGGGCGGCUUCGGCGCGCAUGUCCAAGUCUGCAUAAACAUGAGGGCGAAACUGGCGUCGGAAGUUACCACGAAUCACGACACACUGAAGGUCACACAAAAAGUGUGCAUUGAUACACUGGCCAGCGUUUGCCGCAUGAUCAGCUUGGCGAAUUUGCAAAUGAUUUUUCCCGACAAUCAAUUUUAUAGAAGAAGCUCCUUUAACGGCCCAGAAAAGCCCAGCAGUUAUGUUAGUACUUACUUAGAUGCGAUCUUAAGUCCGGUCUUAGCCACCACCGAGGAUCACCACAUAAGCAACAUGAUCUUGAAGAUAAUGUGCGAGUGCUGGCUGGACCACAUCUACAUGAACAAAAUGAAAUUCUCCCAAAGCGGCGCUUACCAACUGCUCACCGAUUUCGCCUCGGUCACCACCUGGUUGGUAAACUGUCCGAUAAUCACUCAGCAUAUGAGAAAGGUGAUGCUCAAAAAUGAGGUACUGAGACGAUGCGAAGGAGUCGGUCGUUUACUACUGCGAAGUCCGGGAGAGCAGCUGAAAAUGAAUGAGAUUAAAGCCAACGAAACCGAGUCUCCCAAGUCGGACAGUUCCGAACUGAUGCCUCCGGAAAUGUACGUUCCGAACCAAGAGCAGUGGUUGGAGUUACGCGCGAACAGAAGAACAAUUAAGUUGAAGACGUCUUUGUGCUGCAACACAAACGUUGAUUAA